ACCGGCUGUGCAUCCAAAAAGCCUGUCUACACCUUCCUUGCACAGUGUGCCAUGUGCCGUGCGUGGUAGGUCAGGUCUGGCGCACAGGAGCGCAUAAACACACCAAGUACAGAGAAUGGGGAUCUGCUGAAGCUCAGCGAAGAAUCUGGAUGAUGAUGGUCCCUGUCUGGAUCGCGGAGGAGUUCCCUAAGGAACACUUAGCUUCUCUCCUCCCGAGCCGGCGCUGUGCCCGGGGCGCUCCGGGAGGAGGGACGACGAUCCGGCGCUGGGGCGCAGAUACUGACACCAAGGGAAUCCGGGUGCCCCCCCUCCACACCAUGCGGGCCCCCAGGAACCUGGCUCCGCCACCUCGGCUGCCCCGUGGCCACGGCCCCAAUCUUGGCCAGGAGGAGAUUCUGCGGACAUUCAGGGAUCGGCUUCGUCACUGAGACCUCAGGCCUCUGCCAGCCACCCCCCACCCCCUACCCCAUACCCCUAGCCGUCCUCGGCAGGUCUCAGUCCCGGCUCCAUCUGUGCCCUCGCCCCAGCCGCAGCUAUGUUGCACACCGAGGGCCACGCUCUUCUUCGGGCGGUGGGUCAGGGUAAGCUACGCUUGGCCCGUUUGCUUCUGGAGGGAGGCGCCUACGUGAAUGAGGGUGAUGCGCAGGGGGAGACUGCGCUAAUGGCAGCCUGUCGGGCUCGCUACGACGACCCCCAGAACAAGGCACGCAUGGUACGCUACCUCCUGGAGCAAGGCGCGGACCCCAACAUCGCAGACCGCUUAGGGCGCACGGCGCUCAUGCACGCUUGCGCCGGGGGUGGGGGCGCCGCGGUGGCCUCGCUGCUCCUUGCCCACGGCGCAGACCCCUCAGUCCGAGAUCAUGCGGGCGCCUCGGCUCUUGUCCACGCCCUGGACCGCGGGGACCGCGAGACCCUUGCCACACUGCUGGAUGCCUGCAAGGCCAAGGGCACGGAGGUCAUCAUCAUCACCACCGAUACCUCGCCCUCGGGCACCAAGAAGACCCGGCAGUAUCUCAAUUCUCCACCAUCCCCAGGGGUGGAGGACCCUGCACCCGCUCCUCCUAGCCCGGGGAUCUGCACAUCGCCUUCGGAAAUCCAACUGCAGACCGCAGGAGGAGGAGGGCGUGGGAUGUUAUCCCCUCGCGCCCAGGAAGAAGAGGAGAAGCGGGACGUAUUUGAAUUUCCUCUUCCUAAGCCCCCCGAUGACCCAUCCCCUUCCGAGCCGCUCCCCAAACCACCACGCCACCCCCCUAAACCACUCAAAAGGCUCAACUCCGAGCCCUGGGGCCUAGUGGCCCCUCCUCAACCAGUCCCACCCACCGAAGGAAGACUGGGGAUAGAGCGCUUGACUGCCGAAUUCAAUGGCCUGACCCUGACCGGUCGACCCCGUCUUUCCCGACGUCACAGCACCGAAGGCCCUGAGGACCCGCCCCCAUGGGCGGAGAAAGUGACUAGCGGGGGUCCUCUCUCUCGCCGAAACACAGCACCAGAAGCUCAGGAGUCUGGUCCCCCUUCAGGGCUGAGGCAGAAACUGAGCCGCAUGGAGCCAGUGGAGCUCGACACCCCCGGACACCUUUGCCCUGACUCGCCUGAGUCCAGCCGCCUGUCCCUGGAGCGCCGCCGAUACAGCGCCUCCCCGUUGACCCUCCCUCCAGCCGGCUCCGCUCCCUCUCCGCGCCAGUCCCAGGAGAGUCUGCCAGGGGCAGUAUCUCCGCUAAGCGGACGGAGGCGGAGUCCGGGGCUGCUGGAGCGGAGGGGCUCGGGGACGUUGCUCCUGGACCACAUCUCGCAAACGCGGCCGGGUUUCCUGCCCCCUCUCAACGUCAGUCCCCACCCUCCCAUCCCUGACAUUCGCCCUCAACCCGGAGGUCGGGCGCCUUCGUUGCCUGCCCCUCCUUAUGCCGGGGCGCCAGGCUCUCCCAGGACCAAGCGCAAAUUGGUGAGACGCCACUCCAUGCAGACUGAGCAGAUCCGCCUGCUAGGGGGCUUCCAGAGUCUAGGUGGGCCUGGGGAGCCAGGGCGCUGAGAGAAGUGAGAGGAGCCAAGGAGGGUGGGGAUUAGGACCUUAAUGGGAUAGGUGGGAGAACCAGCUCACACACACACCACGAACAUAGGGAUCUCUUGCAUGUGCUCAUGGGUGCACAGUGCACCCACACAUGGUUAAACAUGUGUCCAUAAGCACAGUACUCUUAUUAACAAGAAAGAAUAAGUACUCUAUUUACUGGGUAUUUAGACACAUGUAUUCAUGCCCUGGUCAUUUCACGUGCAUAUGGGAUUACUUGUGUACCUGCGGGCACAGCACAUCAAUAAACAGGGCUAGGGUCCCAAACUCUCUUGCAUUUGUUCAGAAGCAGAAGCAGUAGGGAACCCUUACUUAUGGGCAGUCUCCCAUGUCUUUGCCCUCCUGCAGAAGCAAUCCCUUGCUUUCCAUGUAUGCCCUGCAACACAGCCUAUCAUGAUUUUGCAUACUCUACUCUCUCCAUGAACAUCCCAGCCCAUUCUCCAGGUCUUGCUUCUUUCUCCAGGCCUGGCUCCUUAUUCACACCCCGCUUCCAACCCCAACCACUUUUCAGGAUAUCUUUUUCACUCUUCUUGGGGGUUCCUGCAGCAACCCCCAGCCUAUGUUCUGCUGCUGUCUUUACUGCUCUCAACUUCACUUCUCAACUUCCUGCUUUUUAUUCCCACCCUGUUCCUCCAACAACUACAACAGAUUGUCUCAUUUUCCCAGGGGGUGGGUCAUGGGCUCUAAACUGCUCUUCUGUCUGUCUGAGCUUAUGAACACCCCCACGGGUAGAAGUGGGGAGAAACCCUAAAUCACUCCUCUCUCCACUUGACAUAUCAAAUAAAUGUGUUCAGAAGUC